CUACCCCUCUUCCAAGGCACACCAAAUAAAAAUGAAAAAACAUCAGAUUUGAUUUCAAUAUGGUAUGCUAUUUCAGUAUGGUAUUCCAAUGAUGGGGUGCUAUUCCUCCCACUGACACCAAUGAUGAGGCACUACUCCUCCCACUGACACCAAUGAUGGGGCACUAUUCCUCCCACUGACACCAAUGAUGUGGGAAGAAUCGUGCCCCAUCAUUGGUGUCAGUGGGAAGAAUCGUGCCCCAUCAUUGGUGUCAGUGGGAAGAAUCGUGCCCCAUCAUUGGUGUCAGUGGGAAGAAUCGUGCCCCAUCAUUGGUGUCAGUGGGAGGAAUAGUGUCCCAUCAUUGGUGUCAGUGGGAGGAAUAGUGCUC